AUGCUAGUAAAUCCCUGCGAGAAUUCGCUAAAUAAUCUUAAGAAAAGCAUAUCUAUGUCACACCUGGAGAGUGCAACCGUUCCUUUAUUAAAUCAAACAUCUGAAAAUUACUAUAAUAAUGGUAGAAGGGAGGCCCCUAAUGCCAUAUACUUAAACAACAUACUAACGGUAAACAACGACACAAAUACGGAAAAAUUUAGCAGAAGCGGUUUUAGUAGCUCAAGUGUUGACGUUCUCAAUUAUGAAAACAAAAAUAAUACCUACAGUGCUAGCAGUAACACUGUUAAACAUAACCUAAAUAAUAACAUAAAUUGUAGUUAUAGUAGUAAUAGUUUUAAUAAUUUUGGUAACAAAGAUGUUAAUAAUAGCAGUAAUGACCGUUUUAAAAGUAUUAUUAGCGGCAGUAAUGCUAACUUAGUCACCUCUACCACAAAUUCUAAUAGAACCGAAAGUAACAACUAUAAGUCUACUAAUAUUAGUUACGACAAAAGCCUAACGGGAAAUGGAAAUAAUAACAGUGACGGCAAAAACAUUAAUAAUAUAAAUAGCGAUACUACUAUCACUACCUCUGAUAAUAUUAAUAACAAUAAUAAUAACACAGCUAAUAAAAACAACACUAAUGGGUAUAAUAAUAAUAACAGUACAGAUUCUAAUAAUAAUAAUAGUAAUAACAAUAGUAAUCUUUUUCCGAGGGUUGAUGUUGUUGGCCUCAGUUCGAAUUUAUUGUUUGAAGACAUCUUAUCUGCAGACGCCUUUGACAAUAAUCUUCAACCAGUUAUAUCUGGUAGUAUAUUGAAUAACGAAACCACAAAUCAUAAUUUUCAGCCAUCUAAACUACUUGCUGAAGUGGAUAAUACCUUGCUUAUUCAUGAAAUGCUUAUAUCUAAUGAAACACAAAAUCUUGGUCAACAGCUUGCAGAGAACUCGUCAAUUUCUACGCAACUUAGCGGGCUGAAAUCGAUGCCUAGUGAACAAUGGUUAGAACUCCCCAAUUUUCAACAAAGUCAUAACCUUCAUAAACAGCUGGGACUUUUACAACAAUUUAAUCUUCAACAGAAUUUAUCUCAGCCCUAUACUGAACCGUCUGCCGCUUUAGCUAACUUAGAGAUUAAAACAGACUUUUAA